AUGUUCUGCAAGAUUAAUAAGGUGAUCGACAUCGGUACACUACUAAAACGGCAUGAACUUGCAGAUGCUGGACAACUAUCCGAGGAUGAGGAUGACAUAGCCCAUCGAGAGAAUCAGCUAGCGGAACUCUCUCAGAAAACACGGGAUAGAUUCCAGCGGAACUACAAGCGCUUGCUUGAACUCGCACUUGGAUUGAAAGCUCGCUCGGAUGAUUCGACGCGUCUGAAGAUCCAGAUUGGUAAAUAUGUUGCUCUGGAUCCAGCGAAAAAGCUUCACCCUCGAACGGGGCCUUCUACUGCUUUAGGCAGCCAAUCACGCGGGGCACGACCCUGCAACGCUGUGUUGCACGACAUGACCACCGUUGAAGCUGCACAUAUAGCGUACGGCCGUGUACAGACGGAGGAAGAUGGUGACUUCAAGUAUCGCGAUUUCUACCGUAACAUUGUCGAGCUUAUAGAAGACUUGCUUGACGAUGAUAGGGAACAAAUAUUCAAAGAGUGGAAUAUGAAACUGUUCAACAAUGACGACGGGCGUGAUGUGGCAAGAGACGAUGCUGAAGACUCUGCACUCUCCAGUACUCGCGAGGGUGGCAGUGACUUGGCUCGCCUGCGCGCACAAAUGGCAGCCCGCAACGCUGCAGCCAAGACCGACACUACAGACUUGGAACGUCCAGCUGCACCUCCUACAGUAGCUCAUCCACCAUCUGCUCCAAGGACAAACCUCCGCCAUCUUCGCCAGCUUGCAUCUUAUCAACCCCACGUCCAGUUCCACGUCCUGCAAAGACACCAGUACGUUCAUUGGCUGCUCUAUAGGGACUCGCCAGCACCUCUUCCACGGACACCAUUGGCAUCUUCAUCAGCGCGCAACAUUCCACUACCUUCACGGCCAGCAUCUUCACCAGCCAAGACUGUGUCGCGAGUACCAGCCAAAACCGUGUCGGACUCGCAAGCCAAUGGCGGUGCAUCUGGCAGCGAGCUAACAGAAUCUGGUGAGGAAGAACCCCAACCAAAGCGGAAGGCAUCAGCCAAACGCUAG